UUUUCCCUCCACUUGGCAGAUCAAACUGAUCCCAUGAAUUCAUGGCAGUCCUGCCUCAGUCUCCCUAAUGCUGCUGAGAUUAAAGGCAUGUGCCACCAUGCCAUCAUGCAUUGCCUUUUGUGCCCCCUAAUCCAUCUGCUGAAGUUGACUUAGAUGUGGGGUCUCACUGGCCUCCAACCUAAAGAUAGUUUUUACCUUCCUUAAUAUUGGGAUUUUGACCAGAGGAGUUAAUUCCACUCAUUAGUGCAUGGACAUCAUUUCUAAACUCUAAGGUUGGGUUUCUGUGAUUUUCAUAUCUUCCUUUCAGCUCAAGGUGAUAAAUUUCCCAUUUAUCCCCUGUUUCCAUAGAGCACAGUUGAUGUGUGGAGUUUCUUGUGUCCUGGGAACAGAGGUCUUGGUGAACGCAUACAACUUUCCUCCGGGGGAGUUACAUUAAUAAUACAAAGGCACAAAAUGCCAAAAGUGUUAUAGAGUUUUAGUCAUAUUUCUUAAUGGCGUGCGUAUGCGGGGAGGCACAGUGAAAGAAAGAACCAGCAUGACUGACUGCUCAUUGUAUGAUGGUUUAUAUGUGGAUAUGAGAGAGAACAGCCGGAGGCAUCUGGAAGAGUCCAGAGCAAGGGAGAAGGUAGAUUGGACAUGGCCAGGGUUCUGUAAGAAAAGGGAGAAUAACCAGAGGUAGGGAAAGUAGAGAGAGCAUAGUUGGAGGGAGUUUAGGGUAAAAGAGGUGAGAAGGGCUAGUGUGAAACGUAUAGCAGGUAUUUGUGAUACUGAGGGACCCUAGAGCCCAGAAUGGGCUUUGAUAUGCUGAUAGCUGCCAUGUUCCUUGAGGAUGUGGUAUAGUUAGUUGAUAGGGUAUGUAAUUUAAGAAAAAUUCUGUUCUCUUUUAGAAUAUUUGCAAGGAGAGAUAAAGGAGAUAGUGGGUGCCUCCCAGCUACCCAGCUACUGCCCAGAAGAGAAGAUGUUUGGUUUUCACAAGCCAAAGAUGUACCGAAGUAUAGAGGGCUGCUGUAUCUGCAGAGCCAAGUCCUCCAGUUCUCGGUUCACGGACAGUAAACGCUACGAGAAGGACUUCCAGAGCUGUUUUGGGUUGCACGAGACUCGCUCAGGAGACAUCUGCAAUGCCUGUGUGCUGCUCGUGAAAAGAUGGAAGAAGUUGCCGGCGGGAUCAAAAAAAAACUGGAAUCACGUGGUAGAUGCAAGGGCAGGACCCAGUCUGAAGACAACGUUGAAACCAAAGAAAGUGAAAACUCUGUCUGGAAACAGGAUGAAAAGCAACCAGAUCAGUAAACUGCAGAAGGAGUUUAAACGCCACAAUUCGGAUGCUCACAGCACCACCUCAAGUGCCUCCCCUGCCCAGUCUCCCUGCUACAGUAACCAGUCAGACGACGGCUCAGACACAGAGAUGGCGUCCAGCUCUAGUAGGACUCCAGUGUUUUCCUUCUUAGAUCUUACCUACUGGAAAAGACAGAAGAUCUGCUGUGGGAUCAUCUACAAGGGCCGCUUUGGGGAGGUCCUCAUCGACACGCAUCUCUUCAAGCCUUGCUGCAGCAGUAAGAAGGCAGCUGCUGAGAAGCCCGAGGAGCAGGGGUCGGCGCCUCUGCCCAUCUCCACUCAGGAGUGGUGACUGAGGUUCAUGUAGAAGGGAACAAAGAGUGAUUUUAAACUUUGAAAAGACCACAAAGCAACAAAUUGACCCUCCUAUUUUUAACUUGGAUACCUGCUAUUCUGCCAAAAGACAUUUUUCUAGAAUAGUUUCAUGGGUUACCCAUCCCCUCAUCCAACAAACUUUGAAGCCAGUUUCUUCUAGCUUACUACAAGAAAGAAGUGUACAUAAUAUUUAAGAUGCUGGGUAUUUCAUAGGAAAGCUGAAUGCUGCUGUAAAGUGCUCUUUAAAGUCUUUUUUUUUUAAUCCCCUCUAAUGAAUGGAAGUAGGGGAAUUUCAGGGGACAGAGAUGGGAUUUGUGUGUGAUAAAUAAACCAUAUGUAGUUUAGUCUUUCUGUGGAGAGGCAGUGGUUGGGGCAUUUUUAUAUGGCUGGCUACACUUGUUUUCCCUCAUGAUGAUUUGUCAUAACUCAGUAGCACGACCUGCCCCCUAGAGGUAGUUAGGAAUUUUUAAAUGCUAAGGUGUUGCCAAGGCUCUGAUGAUUCAGACCUGUACUACUGAUGAUUACGCAGGACAGACUGAGCUUUCUGCAAAUAGCUUGAAGGAGGAAGCAAUCUCUGAACACACAGGCAGCACCGAGUCGCCUCCCCUCGUCAUAUUUGAUAAAAAGACUUUAUGUGAAUCUUAGAAAACAGAACCAGAGCUCCUUCUGGGGAAGGCCAGCCUGUAGGAUGAGCAAGGUCCUAUGGGGAUAGUACCAAAGCAUCACCAUGCGGUAGAGAACACGUGGUUAUAAACUACUUAAACAGAAUGUGUAAGUCCUGGGGAUGCGUGGGGCACAGUUGAUGCUGCUUGGGGCACAUUUCUUAGAGGGCUUACAGUGUGUAAACAAUUGACAUUGGUGUUACACAACUGUCUGGGAUUCACUGAAAUCCACACGAUUCAGUUCUAGCUCUGGAUUACCUCAGUUGACCUUUUGUGGAGGUUUUUUUUUAUCUAUAGAGUAGCUCUUUGCCUUGUCAUAACUUUAUUAGGGUUUUGGGUUUUGUCUUAUUGUUUUUUUCUCUCUCUAUUUAAAGUUUGAUUAGAAGAAAAGAGUUGUGUGUUGAGGCUAAGUUGUGUGGUUGGAUUGGGUCGGCUUCUUGGAGUUGGGCUUCUGAACAUCAAGAUAGCUGAAUGGAGCUCCUCGUGUGGAGAUCUCAGUGAGGGCUUCUCAGUUGAGCCAGACUGAAAGUUGUCCGAUUGCCUCUUUUCAGAGUUCAGGAAAAAUAGUGCCAUUUCAGACCUCUUCUAGAGGGAGGGGUGUGUGGCUGCCUUAGUAUUCUGUCGCUCAUGGUUAUUUUAAAAACUGGAUUUUUAAAAGUCUGUUGGUGUUUCACAACGGGGAGGGCCACAGUUUGUGGCAUCCUAUAGUUUUAUAGUUUUACAUUUUGUGUGUCUCUUCCUUUUUGGAAAAACCUACCUAGUACAAGCCACCGCAUGCACAGACUGCCCAGUGAGUGGGUUGGUUCUCCACGGCCCUUGGUGUAGUACAGAGUCCAGCCGUUACCAUUCUCCCGCGGUGCUUUGACGCGGGAUGUUUCUUUUGUACAUUUUGGCUGCAGUAUUGGUGGUAGAAUAUACUUUGAUGGAUCAUCUCUACUUCUGUAUUUAUUUAUUUAUUACUAGACCUCAACCACAGUCUUCUCCCCUCCACUCUCUGCCGUAGGAUGUACUGUAUGUAGUCAUGCACUUUGUAUUAAUAUAUUAGAAAUCUACAGAUCUGUUUUGUACUUUUUAUACUGUUGGAUACUUAUAAUCAAAACUUUUACUCUAGGGUAUUGAAUAAAUUUAGUCUUACUAGAAAAUAAAA